AUGAAGCACAGGCCACAUUUGAAACAGCAGAAUAAGCAUUUUAAAAAGUUAAAGAACCAUAAGAAGAAUAAUAAGAGUGCGAAAAAUUUGCAAAAGAAAAAAAAAAAAAAUUUAAUCCAAAAGUACAGCAGCAUAUUACAUCGUGCACUUCAGUCCCAUAAUAGCAAAGUGAGAAAAAUAAAGAGUGAACUGGAGGAAAAAUCAAAGUAUAUACCUUUCUAUAAUUGCUUAAACAUCUGCUUGUUAGGGUUCCACGAAGACGCUGAUGUACUAUCAUUUAAGAAAGAGUUUAUAAAAUAUCUGUGUGAACAAAAUGGAGAUAAUGUCAUAACGGACACAAUAAAUUUAGACAUUUACGGAAUUAUAGAUGGAACCAAAUGUGCGGACAUCGUGUUGUGUAUAUUUAAGGAUGGGGCAAUUGAAAAUUCUUCGUUCGACGAAUUGGGUUACAACCUUUUGUCGAUUUUAAAAAUACAAGGUGUUCCUUCCGUCAUCGGGGUGGGCUAUAACACGGACGAAAGCAGCAAAUAUUCUCAAAAAUUCGUGACUAGAUAUUUCAAUUCGGAGUUUACACAACAAGAUAAAAUAUUUUUCAUCAACGGUAAUGGUGGCAACACUGACCGAUUAAGCAGGAACGGAGAUUUUUACAAGUUGUACAGCGAAAUUAUGAAUAUGAAAGUACGAAACGUUUCUUAUCGGGAGGGCAGGGGUUACAUGUUGGUCAAUUCUUAUGCGUACAAUCAGCAGACAGACUCCGUUUAUUUGAAGGGCUUUGUCAAAGGGGCAGGAUUUAAUGCCCAUAACCCUGUACACAUAACAAACGCGGGUGAUUAUUACAUUGAUGAUAUAUACGUCAUAGAUGUGAUGACGUCGAAGAGGAAUAUCGGUGAAGAAAAAGUGAAUAGAUCUCUAAAUCGUUUUAGCCAAAGUAACCAAAGUGAAGGAAUCGAUUCCAAUUUUUUAAGUGACAUUCUGAGCAGGCAGAUGACCCCUGACUUGAACUUUUACUAUAACUGUAACAACAUUGACUAUAACUUUUUGCCGAUUCAAAAUUGUAAAAACAGGUGUAACAUGAAUGAGGAGGAUGACUUAGUGUGUGUACGUCCGUACACGGAGGAGGAGCAUCGCUUACAGUGCGAUAAUUUAAUGACACUUAGGGAUAGUAGCAAAGCGGAGGUGACCACUGGGAGAGGGCCAAGUGAGAGACUGCCAAACAGCAGGGAUGACCAUUCCAUCGAGGGAGGAGACCUUGUGUAUAAAUUUAAUUUGGACAGUGCAUUAUCCCACGGGAGUAGUAACCAAAAGGGAUGGCUUCACAGCGGCAGUAACGGCGCGACCAGCGUGGAGCAGCCGAAUACGUUCAAUGAGCUGUACGCAUCCUCCACCAACAUGAGUAGCAAUAACACGUAUGGAGGCACAGAACAAAGGUGCCAUUCGAACCAUUCGUGGGCAUAUGUGUCCAACGAGAAGCACGAAGUGGGAGAAGACUUUAUAUGUUCAUACAACAGGAAUGAAACGUUGAACGCAAGGAAAUAUUUUCUAGAGAGUAAUAACACGCUUAGGAAAGAGGAAUAUCAUUUAAAAAGCGGGGAGGAAUCAAAGGUAAGUAGCUCCGCUGAGGACAGCGAAGACGACUUGGAUGUGGACGACGAAGAGGAUAAUGUCCCCACGAAUGGCGCGGCAAGCGAUGCUACGAAUAAUGAAGACAUCGAAAGGGACUCCAACAAUUCCGACCACGUCUACCUGUGCAAAAAUAUAAGCGCAAAGGAAAGAUUUAAAAAGUACAGAAUUCUUCAGAGCUUCAAGUCGUCCUACAUAGACGUGUAUGAAGAUUUACCAGUGGCUUACUCACGCAUUUACGAUUAUGAAAAUUACGAAAAUUUAAGUAAAUAUUCAAAGAAAAAGUUUGUGGAAAAUUCUAAAAUUGUAAGGGGAGAAUUUACCGUAACGGAUGCUUACUGCUUAUUUGUUAUAAAAAAUGAUGGUAAAUUGCUGCACUUAAUAAAUGACAUAAAGAAGAAGAAUUUGCCGAUUGUCGUUUCAAGUUUGCUGCCAUAUGAGCGAAAGGUGACCGUCGUCAAUAUGGAGGUGGAACGAAUGGCUUCCUAUUCUGAAAAAGUAGAAUCAAAGGAGGUGUUCGAAAUUGUGUGCGGAUUUAGGCAUUUUAUAAGUUGCCCUAUUUUUAGUGAACAAAUUAUUAAGGGGAUACAAUCCAAGGGGAAAUACGAGAAGCAUUUGAAGCACGGCAAGAAAUAUAUAGCUUCCAUUUUUGGCUUCACAACCGUAACAAAUGCCCCUGUUUUUUUGAUAAAGAGAAUUACUUCAGGGGGGAAUGCAAACCCCUAUUCUUUAGCAGCACAGGGGGGUGAAUCCGAAAUGGGGUUAAUUGGGCAGAUUGGGGAUAAUACAAUUCAGCUGGAAGGUUGCCACUACAAUGGAGAAGAACCGAAUGUCAUGCACAGUUCUGGUGAUGUAUAUGCUAAUUAUGGCGGCGAUUGUGUGAAUAGCACCCCCGUGAUUGUUGCACAUGGGAAGGUUGUCAAUUGUGACUGUAAGAGGAUAAUUAUGAAGAGAAUAAGCCUGUGUGGAGAUAUUUUUAAAAUUCAUAAAAAGAAAGCAGUAAUUCGAAACAUGUUUUAUAGGCCUGAGGAUAUAAAUUAUUUUAAGCCUGCCCAGUUACACACAAAAUUUGGGUUGACUGGAAAAAUACUGGAAUCUUUGGGUACCCAUGGGAAAAUGAAAUGCCUCUUUAGUAACGUCUUAAAGCAGCACGAUAAGGUUUUUAUCUUUUUGUACAAACGAGUUUAUCCGAUAUGGUUUCCCCCCACGUGGGGUGGCGACCCCCACUUGGGCCCCGAUGAUAAGCCCGUGCAGCGCAGGCUAAAGGGGUGA